AUGGCUCGGUUUGGGGAUGAUCUGCCAACCCGCUAUGGAGGUGGAGGGCCGGCCGGGGCUGGAAGAGGGAGCAGCCGGCAAGGUGGCCCCCAAGCCGGCCAAAGGAUGUAUAAACAGUCGAUGGCUCAGAGAGCCAGGACUAUGGCUCUCUACAACCCCAUCCCUGUCAAACAGAACUGCUUCACAGUCAACAGAUCCCUCUUCAUCUUCAGUGAAGAUAAUGUUAUACGGAAAUACGCCAAGCGAAUAACAGAGUGGCCUCCAUUUGAAUACAUGAUUUUAGCUACAAUCAUAGCCAAUUGUAUUGUGCUGGCUCUGGAACAACAUUUGCCGGAUGGAGACAAGACACCGAUGUCAGAGAGACUGGAUGACACCGAGCCGUACUUUAUUGGAAUAUUUUGUUUUGAAGCUGGUAUCAAAAUCAUCGCUCUGGGCUUUGUUUUUCACAAAGGCUCUUACCUGAGGAACGGCUGGAACGUGAUGGAUUUUGUUGUGGUCCUCACAGGGAUUCUGGCGACUGCUGGGACUGAUUUUGACCUGCGGACCCUGCGAGCUGUGCGGGUGCUGCGGCCCCUGAAACUCGUGUCGGGAAUCCCAAGUCUGCAGGUUGUCCUCAAAUCCAUCAUGAAGGCCAUGGUGCCCUUGCUGCAGAUUGGGCUGCUCCUCUUCUUCGCCAUCGUGAUGUUUGCCAUCAUUGGGCUGGAGUUUUACAUGGGCAAAUUCCAUAAAACCUGUUUUUCCAACGAGACAGGUGAGGAGGUGGGGGAUUUUCCCUGUGGAGAGGAGCCUCCUGCCAGGCAGUGUGAGAGCGGGACCACGUGCAGGGAGUACUGGCAGGGUCCCAACUAUGGCAUCACCAACUUUGACAACAUCCUCUUCGCUGUGCUCACCGUCUUCCAGUGCAUCACCAUGGAGGGCUGGACUGACAUCCUCUACAACACAAAUGAUGCUGCAGGAAAUACCUGGAACUGGCUUUACUUCAUCCCUCUCAUCAUCAUUGGCUCUUUCUUCAUGCUCAACUUGGUGCUGGGCGUCUUAUCAGGGGAAUUUGCCAAGGAGCGAGAGCGGGUGGAGAACCGCCGGGCGUUCCUGAAGCUCCGCAGGCAGCAGCAAAUCGAGCGGGAGCUCAACGGGUACCUGGAGUGGAUCUUCAAAGCAGAGGAGGUCAUGCUGGCCGAGGAGGACAAGAACGCGGAGGAGAAGUCCCCUCUGGACGGGAGGGCCGCCUCGGAAGGGCCGAUUCCUCAAGGCACGGCGCCGGCAGAGACUGGCAGCGGCAGCAGCUACAACAUGUUGAAAAGAGCCGCAAUAAAGAAGAGCAAAAAUGACCUGAUUCAUGCAGAAGAAGGUGAGGACCAUUUCACAGACAUUUGCUCCGUUGGGUCUCCCUUUGCCCGUGCCAGUUUGAAGAGUGGGAAGAACGAGAGCUCGUCCUACUUCAGGAGGAAAGAGAAGAUGUUCCGCUUCUUCAUCCGCCGCAUGGUGAAGGCUCAGAGCUUCUACUGGGUCGUGCUCUGCGUGGUGGCCCUCAACACCCUGUGUGUGGCCAUGGUGCACUAUGACCAGCCUGAGAAGCUGACCACUGCUCUCUAUUUCGCAGAGUUUGUUUUCCUGGGGCUGUUCCUCACUGAGAUGUCUUUGAAGAUGUAUGGGCUGGGGCCAAGGAAUUACUUCCACUCCUCCUUCAACUGCUUUGAUUUUGGGGUCAUCGUGGGCAGCAUUUUUGAGGUGAUUUGGGCUGCAGUGAAGCCGGGAACCUCCUUUGGCAUCAGCGUCCUGCGCGCCCUGCGGCUGCUGAGGAUUUUCAAAGUGACAAAGUACUGGAAUUCCCUGAGGAACCUGGUGGUGUCCUUGCUGAACUCCAUGAAAUCCAUCAUCAGUUUGCUUUUCCUGCUGUUCCUGUUCAUUGUGGUCUUUGCUCUGCUGGGGAUGCAGCUCUUUGGAGGACAGUUCAAUUUCAAAGAUGAAACUCCAACCACGAAUUUUGAUACCUUCCCUGCUGCCAUCCUCACAGUCUUCCAGAUCCUGACUGGGGAGGACUGGAAUGCUGUGAUGUACCACGGGAUCGAGUCGCAGGGCGGUGUCCACUCGGGAAUGUUCUCCUCCAUCUACUUCAUCGUCCUCACCCUGUUUGGUAACUAUACUCUCCUGAACGUCUUCCUGGCCAUCGCUGUGGACAACCUGGCCAACGCCCAGGAGCUGACCAAGGAUGAGGAAGAGAUGGAGGAAGCCACUAACCAGAAGCUGGCCCUGCAGAAGGCCAAGGAAGUGGCCGAAGUGAGCCCCAUGUCUGCAGCCAACAUCUCCAUAGCUGCCAAACAGCAGAAUUCCUCCAAAUCCAAGUCGGUUUGGGAGCAGAGGACGAGCCAGAUCCGGAUGCACAACUUCCGAGCCAGCUGCGAGGCGCUGUACAACGAGCUGGACCCCGAGGAGCGCGUCCGCUACGCCACCACCCUGCACAUCCGACCCGACAUGAAAACCCACCUGGACCGGCCUCUGGUCGUGGAGCCCCGCAGCGAAGGCAGGAACAACAUCACCAAGCUGAGCCCCGUGGAUGUCCAGGAGGUGGUGGAGCACCCCAAACCAACCUCCACCGACGGGGCAGAAGCACCACGGAAGCACCACCGGCAUCGGGAGAAGGAGAAGCUGGGAGAGCAAGAGAAGGGAGACGUGACCAAGGAUGAGAGCGGUGAAACCGGGGCGGGCAACAAGGAGGAGAGGCACAGGCAGCACCGGAGCCGCAGCAAGGAGGUGGAAGGGGGCAGCAAGGAAGGGAAAAGCGACAGAAACAGGGGGCAGGAAGGGGGGAAGAGGCACCACCGACGGGGCUCGGUGGAGGAAGGGGCCGAGAAGGAGCACCGCAGGCACCGCAGCCACCGGCACUCGUCCGACCGGCCGGGCAAGGAGGGCAAUGGCACUGCCAACGGUGCCCGCGGUGAGCGGCGCUCCCGGCACCGCGCUGGGCCCCGCUCUGCCAACAGGGAUGGAGAGCCCGGGGCCAAGGGGGACAACGGAGAGGAGCCCCACCGGCGGCACCGGCUCAGGAGCAGGGCACUGUCCACCUACGAGUCCGUGGAGAAGGAUGGUGUGGAGAAGGAGGGGGAGGCUGGCGAGAAGGAGCACCGGAAUCACCAGCCCAAGGAGAACCAGUGUGAGCUGGAGGCCAGUGGCAGUGGCAGUGGCCCUGGGAGUGUCCCUGUGCACACCCUGCCCAGCACUUACCUGCAGAAGGUGCCCGAGCAGCCGGAGGAUGCUGACAACCAGAAGAAUGUGACGAGGAUGAUUCAGCCCCCCCUGGACAAAACCACUGCUGUGAACAUCCCUGUCACCAUCACUGCCCCUCCAGGGGACACCACUGUCAUUCCAAUGAACAACGUGGAGUUUGAAAGCAAAACAGAGGAGAAGAAGGACGUCGAUGACUUGACGAAAAAUGGGCCUAAACCAAUCCUGCCUUACAGUUCCAUGUUCAUCCUCAGUCCCACAAACCCGAUCCGGCGCCUGUUCCACUACAUCGUCAACCUGCGCUACUUUGAGAUGGUGAUCCUGAUCGUCAUCGCCCUCAGCAGCAUCGCCCUGGCUGCAGAGGACCCUGUCCAAGCUGAGUCCCCCAGGAAUGACGCUCUGAAAUACCUGGAUUAUAUAUUUACAGGAGUCUUCACCUUUGAGAUGGUGAUCAAGAUGAUUGACUUGGGGCUGCUGCUCCACCCUGGCUCCUACUUCCGUGACCUGUGGAAUAUCCUGGACUUCAUUGUGGUCAGUGGGGCCUUGGUGGCCUUUGCCUUCUCAGGAACCAAGGGCAAGGACAUCAACACCAUCAAGUCCCUGCGGGUCCUGCGGGUGCUCAGGCCUCUGAAGACCAUAAAACGGCUGCCAAAACUGAAGGCUGUCUUUGACUGCGUGGUGAACUCCCUGAAGAACGUCCUCAACAUCCUCAUCGUUUACAUGCUCUUCAUGUUCAUCUUCGCCGUCAUCGCCGUGCAGCUCUUCAAGGGCCGCUUCUUCUACUGCACGGACGAGUCCAAGGAGCUGGAGAAGGACUGCAGGGGUCAGUACCUCGAUUAUGAAAAAAAUGAGGUGGAGGCACAGCCCAGGGAAUGGAAAAAAUACGAGUUCCACUACGACAAUGUGCUCUGGGCUCUGCUCACGCUCUUCACCGUGUCCACAGGGGAAGGGUGGCCAACUGUGCUGAAGCACUCGGUGGAUGCCACCUACGAGGAACAGGGGCCCAGCCCUGGCUACCGGAUGGAAAUGUCCAUCUUUUACGUGGUGUAUUUUGUUGUCUUCCCUUUUUUCUUUGUCAACAUCUUUGUGGCGUUAAUCAUCAUCACCUUCCAGGAGCAAGGAGAUAAAGUGAUGUCAGAGUGCAGCCUCGAGAAAAACGAGAGAGCCUGCAUAGACUUUGCCAUAAGUGCCAAGCCCCUGACCCGCUACAUGCCUCAGAACAAGCAAUCCUUUCAGUACAAGAUGUGGAAAUUCGUGGUGUCCCCUCCCUUUGAGUAUUUUAUCAUGGUCAUGAUUGCUCUCAACACCAUUGUCCUCAUGAUGAAGUUCUAUGAUGCUCCAGAAGCAUACGAAGAAAUGCUGAAAUGCCUGAAUAUUGUGUUUACAUCCAUGUUUUCCAUGGAAUGUGUGCUGAAGAUCAUUGCCUUUGGUGUACUGAAUUAUUUCCGAGAUGCCUGGAAUGUCUUUGAUUUUGUAACAGUGUUGGGAAGUAUUACUGAUAUUUUAGUAACAGAGAUUGCGGACACGGACAACUUCAUCAACCUCAGCUUCCUGCGGCUCUUCCGAGCAGCAAGGCUCAUCAAGCUCCUCCGCCAGGGCUACACCAUCCGCAUCCUGCUCUGGACGUUCGUGCAGUCCUUCAAGGCCUUGCCUUAUGUGUGUCUCCUCAUUGCAAUGCUCUUCUUCAUCUAUGCCAUUAUUGGCAUGCAGGUAUUUGGGAACAUUGCCUUAGAUGAUGAAACCUCCAUUAAUAGGCACAACAACUUCAGGACCUUCCUCCAAGCCCUGAUGCUCCUGUUCAGGAGCGCUACGGGGGAAGCUUGGCAUGAGAUCAUGUUGUCCUGCUUGAGCAACAGAGCUUGUGACCCCCUCUCUGGCCUCACCAAAAAGGAAUGUGGCAGUGAUUUUGCCUAUUUCUACUUCGUGUCAUUCAUUUUCCUCUGCUCCUUCCUGAUGCUGAACCUGUUCGUGGCUGUGAUCAUGGACAAUUUCGAGUACCUGACCCGGGACUCCUCCAUCCUCGGGCCGCACCACCUGGACGAGUUUGUCCGGGUGUGGGCUGAGUACGAUCCCGCAGCCUGUUGCCGCAUUCAUUAUAAGGAUAUGUACAAUUUGUUACGUGUAAUUGCUCCACCCCUGGGCUUAGGAAAGAAGUGCCCUCAUAGGGUGGCCUACAAGCGCCUGGUGAGGAUGAACAUGCCCAUCUCUCCUGAGGAUUUAACUGUGCACUUCACCUCCACGCUGAUGGCCCUGAUCCGAACAGCCCUGGAGAUCAAACUGGCCUCAGGUGGUGUGAAGCAGCACCAGUGCGAUGCUGAGCUGAGGAAGGAGAUCUCACUGGUCUGGCCCAACCUGUCCCAGAAGACUCUGGAUUUGCUGGUGCCUCCUCACAAACCUGAUGAGAUGACUGUGGGGAAGGUCUACGCAGCCCUGAUGAUAUUUGACUUCUACAAGCAGAAUAAGAACAGCAGGGAGCAAGUCCAGCCCCCUGGGGGCCUGUGCCAGCCCGGGCCGGUGUCCCUGUUCCAUCCCUUGAAGGCCACCCUGGAGCAGACCCAGCCCACGACCUUCAGCAAUGCCAAGGCUUUCCUGCGCCAGAAGAGCUCGGCCUCCCUCAACAACGGGGGAGCCUUGCCACCCCCAGAGGGAGGGAUCAAAGAGUCCAGUUCUUGGGGGACCCAGCGCACCCAGGAUGUGUUUUAUGAAACCAGAAGCCCAGCUUUUGAAAGAGGCCAUUCCGAGGAGAUCCCCAUUGAGAGGGUGGUGGAAAUGAAGGAGAUCAGCCCCACAGUUGCCAAUGGAGAGCCCCAACCAGGUCUGGAGAGCCAGGGCAGGGCAGCAUCCAUGCCACGCCUGGCUGCUGAAACCCAGAGGAGCAAAGCGCGGUCACCUGGGAGUUACCUGGCACCCAUCCCGGACACGAGCCCCAUGAAGCGCUCCGUCUCCACGCUGGCCCCGCAGCGCCCUCACGCCAUGCAUCUCUACGAGUAUUCCUUGGAGAGGAUGCCUCCGGAGCAAGGCCACCACCACCACCACCACCGCUGCCACCGGCGCAAAGAGAAGAAGCAGAAGUCCUUGGAUAGGGCCGCCCAUCACUUGCCUGAUGGACAAGCUGCCCAGUCUGGAGAGUCUUCCUCCAAGGACAAGAAGCAGGAGCGUGGCCGCUCCCAGGAGAGGAAGCAGCACUCCUCCUCCUCCUCCGAAAAGCAGCGCUUCUACUCCUGCGACCGCUACGGCAGCCGGGACCGUGCCCAGCCCAAAUCUGCUGACCAGAGCAGGCCCACCUCCCCCAACGGGGGCCCGGAGCAUGGCCCACACAGACAGGGCAGUGGUUCAGUUAAUGGGAGCCCCUUGCUGUCGACAUCUGGUGCUAGUACCCCCUGCCGGGGUCGGAGGCAGCUCCCACAGACUCCACUGACCCCACGCCCCAGCAUCACUUACAAGACCGCUAACUCCUCGCCCGUGCACUUCACCACUUUCCAAACCCCCACGUUCUCCCCGGGCCGCCUGAGCCGCGGGCUGUCCGAGCACAACGCGCUGCUGCGGGGGGAGCAGCAGCCACCCCCACCUGCCGUGGCCCGCAUCGGCUCCGACCCCUACCUGGGCCACCGAGACACCGCCGCCGAUAGCCCGCAGCGCGCCGCGCCCGAGGACACGCUCACCUUCGAGGAGGCCGUGGCCACCAACUCGGGCCGCUCCUCAAGGACUUCCUACGUCUCCUCCCUGACCUCGCAGUCGCACCAAAUCCGCCGGGUGCCCAAUGGGUACCACUACACGCUGGGGCUCAGCACGGGCUCCGGCGCCAGAGGACGCAGUUACUACCACGAAGCCGAUGAGGAUGACUGGUGCUAGCGGCUCGGCGGAACCCUGCGAGGUGUGCGUGCUUAAUAAGGAUGAGUUUUAUCAUCUGGAGGGCUGGGAGCUCCCACGGGGGCCUGGGGCCGGAGGCGGCCGUCAGGGCAGCCCCGAGAACUGCUCAGCGCCCGGGGCCGGAGAUGCCCUUGCAGCCUCUCUCCUCUGUUGUUCUUCAGUUUUUUUUCCUUUUUUGAUUUGUUUUUUGUUUUUUUUUUUUGCACUAGACAGAUGGAGGAAGAAGGCUCCCUCCUUCUGGGGAAGGCAGGGGGAGGAGCACAUCCCUCUCUGCCCUCUCCCCACUGCCUUGUCUAAUCCCGAGACACGCACCAGGCGCCAACCCGGCCACGGACGCAAGGAGCCGGGAGGAGAGCGAUCCUCACCUUCCAUGGUGGAAAAGCAGAACUGUGGGUCCUUCUCGAGAUUGGCGCAAUUUUGUUGGGCUAUUUCGUAAUUAAUUUCCCAUCAUAAUUCCCCCCUGCCAGGGCAGGAGCCGGGGGUCUCAAAGGGACUCGCGCAAACAACGCUCGCCCCCCACGUUCUGUCUCGUUGAGCGCUGAGAAGGAAGUGAUGCACCCAAGAAACUGGGAGAGGAGAAACACAGCCCAGAACAAAGGACAGUCCUUUGGGACUUGAUGUUCAGCCACUGCAAUCCUUUAGGGCAGAGCUGGUGCCACUCCCGGAGCUGACCCUGCUGUGGCACCGCUGCCCUGGGGGUCUCUAAUGUCACUCACCACAUCGGGUCCUUCACACUGACACACGGUAAAGUCACAAGAGAGCUCCUUUGUAAGGACUGUUUCCUUGCUGCUGAGACUUUUCAAUCCAUCCCUCUCUCCUGUUGACUGCAACACGCCCUCACUGUUUUGUCUUGUUUACAAUAUAAGCUUGAUUUAGCAAAAAACAACCUAAAAAAAAAAGUCCACAAAAAAAAAUAAAAAACAAAAACAACCCAAACAAAAGGAGGAAAAAAAGCGUAGGGGUGACAGGAAGAAAUGUUAUUGGUUUUAUAUCAAGCUAUUAGAUAGAAAACUUUAACUUUUCAUUGUGUGCAUUUUUGUAAAUUGUACAGUAAAAACAAAACAAAACCAAAAAAAAAAGAAAAAACAGAAAAAAUUUUCCUCUUUCUGUAGAGAAGUAGUCCAGUUGUCAUUCCAGGUCCCACCGUUUCUACCGAAUGCUCCAGUUGUUCACUACUAAGUGCCUAACCUUUGAAAUCUUUCACAGUGACGAUGCAACCUCUUGCUUCGAGGCAUCAGAGCUUGGGCGAGCGUGGGGAGGGCAGAGGGGGCUGGGGCAGGAGCCUCGGAGGGGCCAUGGGGUCACCACGGCCCAGACACUGCGCCCCAGGCUGGGAGCUUCCAGUGGGGAAGGCAAAUAUGAUUUGGGGUUGGUUUGGGUUUUGUUGGCCUUUCAUUUUUAAUUUUUUUUUUUUUUUUUUUUUUUUUAGAAUAUAUAAAUAUAUAUAUAUAUAGAUGUACUUUUAUGGGUGGGAGGGAAGUGAUUGCAGCAAACAAAGCCAGCCUUGUCUCAUUGCCCAGUGGAGGAAAUGCAGGUGGGAAAGGGCAGCUCCUGCAGGGGAAGCAGCAUAUCCCACAGGCCAGCUGAGAGAGCUCUGGCCAUGCAUCGCUGGUGUGGAGGGCAGUUGGAGUGAGUUGUUUUUAUUGCCUGAUAAGAGAAGGUUAAAAAAAAUGAUAAUAAUAAUAAUAAUCCAAACCUCUAACUCUGAUUCUCAGGGAUGAGAUUUCUGCGUUCUUUGCAAUGACUCUUGUGUUGGCUGGUUUCUUUCUUUUGUGCCCGUGUGGAUUCCUGCACUGUGAGCCUGGGAAAGGG